AUGGUUGGAAGCCACAAAGCUCUAAUAUUGUUUCAGAAUUACCAGCACAUCCUUGCCUUAGCAUUUGCUAUCAAAGAGAUCAAUGAAAAUUCCCAGAUCCUACCCAAUGUCACUCUGGGCUUCCAGAUUUAUAACAGCAAUUUCAGUCCAACUUGGACUUAUCUUGCCUCAAUGAUGCUUCUCUUAACUCAGGGCAGAUUCAUCCCUAACUACAAGUGUGGGGUCCCAAAACAUUUGGCUGGAGUCAUUGGAGGACCUGACAUCUCUCUCCAUAUGGCAACUCUUCUUUGCAUCUACAAAGUCCCUCAGCUGACCUAUGGCUCUGCUCCAGUCAUGGAUAAAGAGACUCAAGCAGUUUUCUUCCAACAAAUGCUUCCAAAUGAAUCUCACCAACAUAGGGGUCUCCUCCAGCUAUUGCUCUAUUUUAGAUGGAUCUGGAUUGGAGUUCUUGCUGUGAAUGAUGACAAUGGAGAGAAAUUUGUUCAUGAGGUGUUUCCUAUGUUUUCCCAGCAUGGCAUCUGCUUUGAUUUCAUACAAGAGUUCACCAAUGUAGCUUUUUAUAGUGAUUUUACUGAUGCAGUAGAUGAAGGAAUCCAAAUUUACCGAGUUCUGAUGAAAAGUACAGCCAAUGUGAUAAUCCUGUAUGGUGAAAGUAGAUCCAUGUCUACCCUGAGAACAUUCCUCCAGUUUUCAGAAGUGGAGGAUAUUCCAAGGAAGACAAAAAUCUGGUUCAUAACAGCUCCGACAGAUUUCACCUCAGUCUCCUUUCACACAACUUGGGAUAUCCAUUUCCUUCAAGGUGCUUUAUCCUUUGCAAUUCACACAAAGAAGAUCCAAGACUUCCAGAAAUUUAUUGAAAGGAUAAAUCCAAGGAAUAAUGAGCACGAUCAUUUUCGGAAAGAUUUUUGGGAACAAGCGUUCAAUUGUUUCUUCUACCAUUCUGUGGCAGAGAAGUCAGAGAAAAAAUGUACUGGCCGGGAGAGGCUUGAGACCCUUCCUACAUCUGUGUUUGAAACACUCAUGAGUGGCCAGAGCUAUAACAUAUACAAUGCUGUCUAUGCUGUGGCACAUGCUUUGCAAUUUCUGUAUUUGUCUAAGUCCAGGCACAGAACAAUAGUGAAAGAAGGAAGAAAACAAUUUCACAAUCAAGUGUUGUGGCAGCUUCAUUCUUUUCUGAAAGGUAUUACAUUCAACAACAGUGUUGGUGAAAAGAUCUCUCUUGAUAAAAAUGGAGAAUUCAUUGGUGGAUUUGAUAUUAUCAACUGGAUCACAUUCCCAAACCAGUCCUUUCGUAGGGUCAAAGUUGGAGUGGUAGAUCCCACAACUCCAUCAGACAAGUUCUUAAAUAUUUCCAUAGAUUCCAUCAUGUGGCCAAUGGGCUUUAAUCAGGUAUUACCUCUAUCUUUAUGCAAUGAUCCUUGUGAGACAGGAUACAGCAAGGCGAAGAAAGAAGGACAGCCUUUUUGCUGCUAUAAUUGCCAUCUGUGUCCAGAGGGGAAAAUAUCCAAGGUGAAAGACAAGGAUGAUUGCUCUCCAUGUCCAGAUGUUCAUUAUCCAAACCUCCAUCGAAAUAUGUGUAUUCCAAAGCGAAUCAGCUUUUUGUCCUAUGAAGAAUCUAUGGGGAUCAGUCUAACUGUUCUUUCCCUUUGCUUUUCAUUGAAGACAACUUUGGUGCUUAUAAUUUUUGUUAAAUGUAAAGACACCCCCAUUGUCAAAGCCAACAACCGGAAUCUCACUUAUACUCUCCUUGUUUCUCUCCUCCUCACUUUCCUUUGUGUGUUUUUAUUUAUCGGGAGACCUGGUAAGACUGUGUGUCUCCUUCGACAAUCUGCUUUUGGACUCAUCUUCUCUGUGGCAGUUUCUUGUGUAUUGGCCAAAACCUUUGUUGUGGUUCUAGCCUUCAUGGCCACCAAACCUGGGUCCAAACUGAGAAAAUGGGUGGGUGGAAGAAUAAUCAGUUACAUUAUUAUUUCCUGCUCCCUUGUUCAAUUAAGCUUUUGUGUUGCAUGGUUAAUAAUGUGCCCACCAUACCCAGAUUUUGAUGCAUACUCAAUGUCUGAAGAAGUCAUCCUGGAGUGCAAUGAAGAUUCGGUCAUGUUCUGCUGUGUUUUGGGCUUUAUGGGUUUCCUUGCACUGGUUAGCUUCUCUGCGGCUUUUCUAGCCAGGAAGUUACCUGACAGUUUCAAUGAAGCCAAAUUCAUCACCUUCAGCAUGUUGGUCUUCUGCAGUGUUUGGCUGUGCUUUAUUCCAACCUAUCUAAGUAGAAGGGGAAAAUCUGUGUUGGCUGUGGAGAUCUUUUCUAUGAUCUCUUCCAGUGCUGGCUUACUGGUGUGUAUCUUUUUCCCCAAGUGUUUUAUCAUUCUGAUGAGACCCGAAUUAAACAAUAAACAUCAACUUAUGAAAAGAAAGUUGUAA